UAAUAAUUAUUUUCAAUAAUUAUCCCUCAACGAAAGUUAGUUACAAACAUAAUCCUGUUUCUUUCCCUGUUACUGCACCGAAGAUGAGUUGAUCCCAUCCACUAGGCUGCACUGAUAGAACACUUCUAGUUGUGUCUACGUCAGCGGACACAGUGUACGGAAAUGGACUUCGACAUUCGCCCCGUGAAGAGGAGUGUCUGGGAUGAAGUGGAUGAUUUUGAAAAUGGUGAUCAUCAUGAGUCGUCUUCCAGCGGCUGUAUCAUCCCCUACGAGGACCUCUCCAUGACCCAGAAAGCCAAUCUUCGCCAGGCUAAGAAGUUCUGCGAAGCUCUUACAUCGCAAUGGAGAGAUGUUAGUGGGAUUACGCGUCAGCAGCAGUUCGUCCAGCAACAGCAGCAGACACAGCUACAGCAGCUGAUGCAAGCCCAGGAGUCAUCGCAGCGACAGAAGGCAUUUUCAGUGAUGUGCCGGAUCUAUAUUGGCAGCAUCAGUUUUGAGAUGCACGAAAAUCAGGUCAAGGAGGCCUUCAGUCCGUUUGGGCCGAUCAAGUCACUGGACAUGUCAUGGGAUAGUGUCACCAUGAAGCACAAGGGCUUUUGCUUCAUUGAAUACUUUGUACCAGAGGCAGCUCAGUUGGCUCUCGAUCAGAUGAACGGUGUUCUCCUGGGUGGCCGCAAUGUGAAGGUUGGCCGUCCCAGCAGUGUUCCGGCGGCAGCGCCUUACAUUGACAAGCUGAUCAAGGAGGCACAGAUGUACAACCGCGUGUACGUCAGCGCCGUCAGUACGGCCGUACCCGAGUCUGAUGUCAGAAGUACAUUUGAGCGAUGCGGUCCUCUUCGAUCACUGCAACUGUCGGCUGACGGAAACAAAGGUCACCGAGGAUUUGGCUAUGCAGAGUUCGAGACGGCGCAAGCAGUGGAAAUUGCCGUGAAUAAGAUGAAUCUCAUGCAGAUGGGUGGAAGCUACAUGCGCAUUUGCAAAGCUGUCACGCCACCUUUUGCACUGCAAGUGCCAGCCUCGACUACACUAGCCGCUCAGAAUUUACCCCAAGUUGGUGUGCCGACUACAAGUAGCGGAGGCCUGCCAGUUGCUGCAGGGAACUUCCUGUCCAAGCUGCAUGCGGCCAAUGCUGUGGCGGUGAACCACGCGCAAGAACAGAGCAUCCACCAUGAGGAGGCGAUGCACAUCUCCGGUGGCUCUGCACGCCUCAUGCUGAUGCAGAAAUUGCAGCGCAGGGACGAGUCUAAUGUGAUCGUGCUGCGUAACAUGGUGACACCUGCUGAAGUGGAUAGCGAGCUAGCUGCUGAAGUCAAGGAUGAGUGUGGCCGCUUCGGUGUAGCUCAACAGGUCAUCAUCCAUGAGCAGAGGGAGAAUGGCCAGGCGGUCAUCAAGAUCUUCGUUCAGUUUAUGCUGGGGCAUGAGGCCCAGAAAGCAGUCAAGGGGCUGGACGGGCGCUUCUUCGGUGGCAAAACAGUCAAAGCAGUGAUCUACGAUCGCGAUAAGUUUGAGAAGAACGACCUCUCGGCCUGAAACGCAUGCUCUCAUUUCACACCAACACAAGUCAUUUUCACAUCAUGGUGGCGGUGAAGAUGUUCAAACACUGCCUUUGUCAUAUCUUUCGCUUUAUUGCUGUGUACAUAGUUGAGGUUCAUGCUUGGCAUAAAACGUAUGAUUUUCAACAGGAAAAAAAACUUAUGACGAUUUUGCCCUCUCUUUUUUUACAAAACCAAAGCAUGCAAACACAUAAAUAUGUAAUCCAUGGUACAUCCUUCUGUUUUCUAUCUCUUUGUUACCAGUUCAUCCUAUGUGUAGGAUUUGCCUUCGAAAACUUUCGCUUGAGUUUUGUAUGCUCUCGAAAUGAUUACAAGUGGCAUGCUGUCAUCACAGUAUGUCUAUGCUCUUUA